AUGGUAUCAACUAUGACAAAUACUGAUAACGACAAGUGUAUGAAGUAUAGGGUUGUUCGUGGUACGGAUCUGGGGUAUACUUCAAAAUUAGUUGCUUCUUGUUCUUUUAAGAAGGGUGAAGUUCUUGAAAUUAUUACUGGAGCGACUCUUGGAAUGAAAAGGUAUACCACAGUCCAGAUAAGUGAAAAAGAGCAUAUUGAGUUGAACAGUGAUAUUGUAUAUCUAAACCAUAGCUGCGACCCAACUUGUAUAAUGGAUGUCAAGAAUAUGCUUGUGCGUCUUAUUAAAGAUGUGCCUGUUGGUGGGGAAUUAACCUUUUUUUAUCCAAGUACUGAAUGGGAUAUGGAUCAACCCUUUAGAUGUUGGUGUAAGAGUUCCAGCUGCAUUGAGACCGUAAAUGGUGCUAGAUAUCUCUCAAAAGAGCUUUUAAAUAACUAUUUUAUUAAUGAACACAUCUUGGCCUUACAUGAUAAAAAUUCUGGCUAA